AUGGCCCCUUAAUUCUGUUAUAUGCACGAGCAGUCUAAUCGUUAAACUAUUGUUUCGCCGUGCUAAGAUAAACAUCCCAACAAGUUAAAUUUGUAUGAGUAAUGAACUUUAAGUCACUCAUGCUCUUUUAUCUAUGCCCAUUUUGCCCUGCAUCGUUACUGUUGUAGACGACUUAUGCUCAGCGAACCAACGUUAGCCACAUUUCAGCUAGCCAACUAGAGCCGUGCCAAGAUGGAUGAAGCUACGGCCGAGGUGAUGAAAGACGUCCCGGCAGAGGAACAGUCCAUCGCUUUGGAUGUUACAUCUUCUAACAACAGUACGACUCCGGUUGAGGGCACCGCAGAUGGGCUAUUCUGCUGCCAAGAUUGUGGAGAAACCUUCAGAGAGGAGGCAGGCUACUUGGAGCACCGCCAUCAGCACCCUGACGGAAGCUGCUUAAUGUAUUUAGAGCCAGUGGAAGAUUUGGAUGAUGCCGACAAAGUUGGGGAAAGUACAAAUUACUGUCAUUUGUGCUCACAGUCAUUUGUUAAUUUGAGUGAAUUCCACUCACACAUGGAGAACCACCAUAGUCAACCCUCUAGCACUCAGCAGAUUUCUGGGGUGACGAAGCAGCAUACCUUUGAAUGCGCUGAAUGUGGCAAGAGCUAUUCUAUGUUGGGACACUAUCUCAAUCAUCAACGCACCCACAUACAAGCUUCCAAAUCCCUAUUUAAAGACCUGGAACAUUUGAAGAAAAAGUCCUUUCAGUGCGAGUCUUGUGGGCGGAGUUAUUCUCGUCAGUCUGCCCUCGAUGCACACCGACGUUGUCAUGAAGAAAAGUUAAUCAAACCCCGAAACAGGACUUCAGAGGAGUUGAUUCCUACUGCUGAGACAGUAGUUGAAGCCAAGCCCGUUGAAAAACAGACUCGUGCUGCUCCUGAGAAGCUUGUCAAUUGUCCUUGUGGUAAAUCCUUUUCUUCAUUGCAAGGCUUGAAAACACACCAGCGAUUCAGCCACUCCAGCCAGUGCUGUACAGUAGAAGCUAAAGCAAAGCAGAGGAAAAAUGUAUUUUACUGUAAGGAAUGCAGGAAGAUGUUCCAUGGCCAUCUUGCCUGGUUCAACCACGAGAAAUGGCAUGAAAACCGCUCAGAAGGUUCUGCAAAUCGAUUUCCAUGUGAGGUCUGUGGGAAAGUGUUUAUGACUCAAACCUUCUACUACAGACACCACCGCAUGGCGCACAGCGAUGAGGCCCCGGCGAAGUCAUUUCUCAACCAAGUGGGCCAACUGCAGAAGAGGGCGUUUGAAUGUAACGAUUGUGGCCUCAAGUUCUCCAGACCCUCGGCAUUUCACGCUCAUCAGCUUCAACACACAAAUGCUUUUAAAGAAACUGAGGGAUUGACCCAGAUGCAUGUACCCGUACGUCAGCAGAUGACUUUGGAAGGUGAACAGAAAGAGACUAAAAUAUUGAGAUAUCAAGCAGACGCAGAGAAUGUUCUUCGGCUCAAAGGCGAAGAAGACCCUGAUGCAAAUGAAGAAGAUACGGAGAGUUACGAACCUGGGGAUUUCAAUGUCUUGGUGAUCAGUGCGAGUGAAUCUGAGGACGAGACUGUCCAAGACUCUCAUGUUGAGCAGGGUUGUGAAUCUGAUCAAGAGGCUAGAGGCUUUGCCGAAACAGUUGAGCCACCCAAUCCUCUGGUUUCAAAACCAGAACUGGGCUUGAACAUUGUACAGGUUGACCUCGAAUCUGGCAAGGAGCAGCGCCCCCCAGCAGCGACAGAAGCCGAAGACAAAGUGCCGGCAAAAAGACUUGAUUGUCCAGAUUGUUACCGGUGGUUUACUAGUGAGGCGUCUCUGCGGGCUCACUUAGUGUGGCACAGCAUUCAUGAGAGGAGACGCAAGAAAGGUCAGUCCGUGGAAGUUUACACAUGUGACAAUGAAGGUAGUAGUUAUGCAGCAGGUGAUUCUACAGAAUAUAAGAAGCAAGAAUUAGAGGAAAAAAGUGUGAUAUGUGACAAUUGUGGUGUGUAUUUUUCACAUUCGUCUGCUUAUGUCUUUCAUCAGUUACAUCAGCCCAACAGAAAACAAUUGCUAUGCCAAGAUUGCGUGAAGUCUAGCUCGCAGAAAGCUAGUUUGUUAAACCACACGAACCGCUCUGCACAAAAGAAAGAGAACAUGUCGAUCACAAAAGUGUACAAUCCAAAGAAAACCCUUCUCGGCCCCAAGAUCUACCAUUGCGAGCAGUGUGGGAAGGGUUUUUGGUCUUUAGGCGCGUACUCGCAUCACAAGCAAAAUCCAAGUCAGUGUGUAGAUGUGAGACUAAGGACAGGGGUUGCGCAGCCAUUGCACCGUGGGCGUUCCCGCUGCAGCCUUAAAGUCGCAUGUCCCGUGUGUGGUAGAAAGUUCCGUCACAAGGGCAUUAUGACAUUGCACAUGCGUAUACACGAAAAUGGCAACCACAAAUGUGACAUCUGCAACAGAUCGUUCCGUCUAUUUUCCAGCCUCCUUAGGCACCAGGUCGUGCAUAACGAGCACCUCCCGCCACCUAUUAAGUCUUUUCAGCAUCAGGUAGAGCAGCUGCAAAAGAAUACGUACAGCUGCCCCGACUGCGGGAAGCUGUUCUCCCGGGAAAAGGCCCUCAAGUUUCAUAUGAAGUAUCAUGGCAAUGAGAGUGGGCAAUCACCUUCACCCCCCAGAUCCACACAGGAGGACUUGCAGUGUGCCCUGUGCCUGACAUUUUUCAAAAACAAGGCUUCUUUGAGGGCCCACCGAAAGAUUUGCCUUAAAAAAGAAUGCCAUACAACAAAUUAUAAGACAGAAAACCAAAAUAAUGAUCCUACUGGUGUGAAAUCACAGGAAAGCUCGCUACAUAGCACUGUUGUAAAGAAAGAAAUGGACACAGAGGAGCUACACAUUGAAAGUCCAUAUACUACACGCCACUUAGAAAAACCCACUCAUUUGAAAUACAAGUGUAAAAAGUGUGAUAGAAGCUUUUCAGUUAUUGGGGCUUUAAACUUGCAUAAAAGAAUUCAUGCUAAGGGCUACAGAAAUAAAGCUAAAGCAACAUUAGCCUCUGUGGUUAGCGAGGAAGAGUUAAGGAAAGACUUUCCCUUUUCUUGCUCGGAAUGUGGGAAGCGAUAUAUGUCCAACUCUGCCCUCGGCUCCCACAAAAGAUGGCACUCUAAUAAGACGUUUAAAGUGUCAUCACUGAAGGAGCAGUUUUCAAAACACUGGCUGCAGGACCACCACAUGUCCACACUGCAGCCACAGCCUGACAUAAGCGCAAAAAGUGAGCCCCAAUUGGACUUCUCAUGUCCAGAAGGUUCACUUUUAGGUGAUGAUACAGAUUCUCAGGGAGGUGAAGCCUCACUCGAAUCAGUCAGCCGGCUCAUUCCAGAUGGCAGUGAACCCGCCUCAACAACCCUGGUUUCAAAAAUGUACCAGUGUCCCCUCUGCUCAGCAAGCUUUUCCAAACCCAGAGGCCUCCGUGCCCACAAAUGGCAAGCCCACUCAGUGAGUGCAGAAGACGACCCUAAGAAUCCAGCAGAUGGUCAAACUGAAGCAUUAUCAAAAGUAACAGUAAGUGUUGCCGACAAUAAAAACCUCCCAGCAGGCGAAGAACAGAAGAAAUUAGAUGCCUCCUCUUUGAGUUCCAUCCCAAAACUUGAGCGUGGACUGCAGUGCAGCACUGCUGUCGUGGAUGACAAUAAACUUUGCCCAGAGUCUAAAAUGGCAGUCCAAGCCCCUGAGGCCUUAGCUGAGAUGUCACUUCCCUUGAGCCGCAUAUCAGAGCCCACGGGCAAAUAUCUCUACAAGUGCGGGAAAUGCGGGAAAGCUUUCCAGACUGAGGGGCAGUUAGAAAUUCACAAGACCAAGUCAAAGAGCCGGCCUUUCGGCUGCACCCUGUGCUGCAAUGCCUUCUGGACUGACAAUCAGCUGCAGCAACACCUCACCUGGCACGAUCAGGUGCGAUUUCGGCUCCCCAACGAGGUUCGCUUACGUCUCAGUGCUGCUUUGACCUCAAAGUCGCUCAAAUCAGCAAGAAAGUCCUUUCGCUCACCAUCUCCAUUACCAAACCAAAAAUGUACACAUUGUCAAAGCGGUGCAUGUGAUUGCUCUAAUCCUCCAGUCAGUGGCUUGCAGGACCUCACUGAGCAACACCAAGCAUCUAUUAGUGAUUGCCGAGGCCAGAGUGAUGGCCCUGCUCCUGUCUCGUCAGGAGAUUCAGAUGGCCUUACUUGUCUUGAAUGUGGAGCUACUUUUAGUCAAGAAACUGAUUUACACCAGCACUACAGCAAACAUGCCCAAGGCAUGUUUUAGAAGAAAGUAACUAAAUAUAAAAUAUUGUUUACAUGUAAACCUUAAUACUUUUGGUAUUUGUAGGUCUUUUCUGUCAAGGAUAUACUUGGUACUCUCACUAUAUUAGUCUUAAUAUAUGUUGUUCUCUGAAAGCUUUUCUUUACACUGGAUUAAGUAUUGUCUUAAUGUUCUAUACCUUACACAACCUCUCCUUUUAAACACAUCAUGAAAAUAUUUACAAAUCAAAAUUGAGCUGAACAGAUGCAUCUAAAAUAAUAUAUAUAUAUAUACAUUUAAUAUAUUUAUGCAUGUGUGAAUCAUUUUUAACUCUGUUGAAGAUCAGAAAAGUACCAUCUUAUUUUUCUGCUGUCUUUUUAAAUCUUGAAGUGCCAAAUUAGAGAGAUAUUGGAUAAACCCAGUCAAAAAGGCCUGUAAAGCACGAAUAUGUACAACUUGACCGUUUUCCUUUUCAUGGUUUGUUUCUAUGUUGUGACAAAGCUAUUUACUGCUAAAAGGACUGAGGUUUUUGUAUUCAUUUAGAGAGUCUCUUAGUUGCAUCUAUUUUGGGAAAAGAUCUGUACCGUAAAGAUGUUAAUGAAGCGCAUUUGUUUCUGAGGUGACUAUCAUUCUUUUGACUAUAUGUUAACCUGCUGUUUCUGACGAUCUAAUAAAUGGAUCUAUUGUAGUCUGAAUUAGUGGCUCAUGUAGUGAAUUCACACCUUUUCAUCUUUCAUCUGACUUUUUGAGUAAAAUAAGGGAUCACGGAGCAUUACAGAAAGCUUUCAUUCCCCAGGGGGUACUGCAGUUUUAGUUCAGUCACAUUUGAAAUGUGUUUAACAGUACCUGAAAUGUAAAGAUGGGCUGAAUUAUAUCUCUUGGUUAAUAAUGACGAUGUUAUGCCAUUUUUGAGCUAACCAACUUGUAAUAUCAAAAAUGUAUUUUAAUAUUUGAUGGUCUAUAAAGAUGGAUUUUCUGGAUCUGUUCUUAAGAGUUUAAGAGUUCUAAAUCUUCUGACUAAUCUAUCAUCUGUGAGCGAAGAGAUAUCUUCAACUAAAUGUGCGUAAUUACCACUUUCCUACCUUUUCUUUAAGCACUUUAUAAAAUGCUGAUAAAAUUAUGUGUUAAUCAUGAAUUUUCUUACUUUUCUAGCCUACAAGAGGAAGUAUGCACAGAGGUACUUGGGACCAAAGUCGACAGCAGUGGAGGUCUUGAGGACUGGAGGAGGAGAGGUGAAGGAUGUUGAGGACCAGGAGAUGGAAUCUGCCUGUCAAGCGCAACAUGAAUCUGGGACAGGGAAUGGUUGUGACGAGGUCGGUUCAUCUCCGACCGAAGGUUCCACCUCCAUGAAAGCGGUACACAAGUGCCACAUUUGUGGGAAAGCCUACUCGUAUCUGCUGUCUUUUCGAAAGCACAUGCAGCUGCAUAAGAAAAGGUCCUCUUUAGCCAAAAGCUUGCACGGCGACACAGCUCGGACGUACGACUGCCCGAUUUGUGGGAUGGGCUUCUACAGGAAAACCCGACUACAGGGUCACAUGAUAACCCACAGGUCGCGCGAAGUGCACCGGUGCGACCAGUGCAACAAGAGCUUUGCAUCCUUCAGUUUGUGGAUUGUUCACGAACAGCUCCAUAAAACCAAGCCCUUUUGGUGUCUCAGUUGUGCCAAAGGGUUCAAACAAGAGGAUAUGCUCGAUAAACACCUGCAAAGAGACCAUCUGGGGAACUACAAGUGCAACGUUUGCCCCAAACGUUUCCUCACGUCAUCCCAGCUCAGUGAGCACCUCAGCAGCCAUGCUUCUAUAUCUCGGCCUGUGAGCUCUUUGCAUUUUAAAAUGGCUGAUGGUGAUGAAAAUAAAAUGGAAAACGGAAAUUUGUCUAUUCCAAAUGAGGAGCCUGAACCGCACACUGAUAAGGGAACAGAAGAACAUUUCGACAAAGCCAGAGGUCUCUGUGAGGAUGAAGAGUUUGCUCACUCUGAAGAAUCGGAUUGUGGGGAGCCUUUACACAAACCUCCCGCAUUGUCUACAUCACCAGCUUGCCAUCCAGCUGAUAAAGAGACAGCAGGAGUAGGAGAAGCACAAACAGGUCUUGUACUUGAUGGCAGUGACAAACUGGAACAAAACCAACACAGAGCGCAUCAUAAGUACUGGGAAUGGGAGUGCUUUGAGUGCGACAUGGGCUUUGAUGACGUGUCUCAGCUUCAUGUGCAUUAUAUUAAACACGCCACUGGAGAGGUGCCUUUUAUACAGGAUGGCAUGGAGGGAUGAGCUUAACUUGACUCUUUUUAUUCCAAAUAGAUUUUACCAAUAGAAAAAUGUACAUUGAGUUUCAAGUAAAAAAAUCUAACUUGUAAUAACAUUGUUCUGCCAAAAGAUGUUUUUUUUUUUUUUUUUUCAUUGUGGAAUCACAGUAAAGAUGUU